UUAAAUUUAAGACUUAUUAAUACUAUCGAAGUAUUUUUCUAAUCGAAAAUGACGACCCUCGAUAGGAAGGGUACUUUCAAGGUUGAAUAUUUACAAGAAAUCGAAAAGAAAAUUCAAAAGCGUUGGGAGGAUGAGAAAAUUUUUGAUACGGAGGUUCCUCAAGAUGAAAAGCAAGAAAAAUUCCUCUGUACAUUUCCUUAUCCUUAUAUGAAUGGGCGUUUACAUCUUGGUCACACAUUUUCACUUUCAAAGUGCGAGUUUGCAGCAAGGUAUUAUCGUCUGAAAGGCAAAGCAGUAUUAUUCCCAUUUGGCUUUCAUUGCACUGGUAUGCCAAUAAAAGCUUGUGCAGAUAAACUCAAAAGAGAAAUGAGUGUCUAUGGUUGUCCCCCACAAUUUCCUGAUGAUGAAGAUGAUACACCUGUUGUUGAGGAGGAUGCAGUGCCUAAAGAUAAAAGCAAAGGAAAAAAAAGUAAAGCAGUGGCAAAGACAGGGUCAGCGAAAUAUCAAUGGCAGAUCAUGCAAAGCCUUGGCAUUCCUGAAGAUGAGAUCAAGCAGUUUGCCAAUGAACAAUACUGGCUGGAAUAUUUUCCACCAAGGGCAGUUGCCGACUUGAAAAGAAUGGGUCUUCAUGUUGACUGGAGGAGAAAGUUUAUUACAACUGAUGUAAAUCCAUUCUAUGACUCAUUUGUUAGAUGGCAGUUCUAUCACCUUAAAAAUAGAAACAAAAUCAUGUUUGGUAAACGGUAUACAAUUUACUCACCAUUGGACAAACAACCCUGUAUGGACCAUGACAGGAGCUCGGGAGAAGGUGCAGGGCCACAAGAGUACACUCUUAUAAUGAUGGAAGUCUUAGAACCUUUACCAGAGGUUUUAAAGAGUUUUAAGGGGAAGAAAACUAAAUUUGUAACUGCCACCUUAAGGCCUGAAACAAUGUAUGGACAAACUAAUUGCUGGAUCCAUCCAGAUCACAAGUACAUUGCUUUUGAGACCGUCAAGAAUGGUAUUUUUAUUUGCACACAAAGGGCUGCGAGAAAUAUGUCAUACCAAGGUUUUACAAAAGAAGAUGGUGUUGUCAAUGUUCUUAAAGAAAUAGCAGGGAUCGAUCUAUUAGGCGUGGCCCUAAAAGCACCUUUUACCACCUAUUCAAAGAUUUAUUCUCUACCAAUGUUAACCAUAAAGGCUGAUAAGGGAACUGGAAUUGUAUCAAGUGUACCAUCUGACUCCCCAGAUGACUAUGCUGCCCUAGUUGACUUACAGAAAAAAGCAGCAUUCCGGGAAAAAUACAAUAUUCAAGAUGAAAUGGUUCUUCCAUUCAAGCCUGUACCAGUUUUAGAAAUUCCUGAAUAUGGCAACAUGUCCGCUGUUUAUGUUUACGAUCAGCUCAAGAUACAAAGUCAAAAUGAUAGAGAAAAGCUGAAUCAGGCAAAGGACAUGGUUUACUUGAAAGGAUUUUAUGAUGGUGUACUACUUGUUGGUGAAUUUAAGGGAAAGAAGAUACAAGAUGUUAAGAAAAAUAUUCAGAAUCAGCUGGUGAAAGAAGGAGGUGCUGUGAUCUAUUACGAGCCAGAAAAGACAAUUAUUUCAAGGUCAGGUGAUGAAUGUGUGGUCGCUUUAUGUGAUCAAUGGUAUCUUGAUUAUGGUGAUCAAGAUUGGAAGGCUCAAGCUGAGAAAGCAUUAGCUGCUAUGAAUACAUUUCAUGAUGAAGUUCGAAAGAACUUAUCCGGGACUAUUAAGUGGCUUCAUGAGUAUGCAUGCUCUAGAACUUAUGGACUUGGUACCAAGCUCCCGUGGGAUACGCAAUGGGUCAUAGAAUCGCUAUCUGACUCCACUAUAUACAACGCAUACUACACAAUAGCACACUUCUUGCAAGGCAACACAUUUAAAGGGAAUGUCGAGAAUUCACUCAAAAUCAAACCGGAUCAGAUGACGAUGGAAGUAUGGGAUUAUAUCUUCUUCAAAGGUGCACCUGCUCCCAAGGACACAAAGAUUCCAAAGAGCUCUCUGGAUCUUAUGAAGAAGUCUUUCAAUUACUGGUACCCGGUCGAUAUGCGAACAUCCGGUAAAGAUCUAAUUCAAAACCAUUUAUCAUACUAUAUAUUUGUACAUUCCGCGAUCUGGGACAAAGAAGAGGAUAAAUGGCCUAAGGGGAUAAGAGCCAAUGGCCACCUCUUACUCAACUCAGCGAAAAUGUCAAAAUCAGAUGGAAAUUUCCUGACAUUAUCUGAAUCUCUUGAGAAAUUCAGUGCUGAUGGUAUGAGGCUAACGUUAGCUGAUGCUGGAGAUUCGAUUGAAGACGCCAAUUUUGUUGAAAGUACGGCUGAUGCGGCCAUCUUGAGGCUGUACACUUUCAUUGAAUGGGUGAAGGAGAUGGUGACUAUUAAAACUAGUUUGAGAACUGGUGAAUACAACUUCCAUGACAAGGUGUUCACAAGUGAAAUGAACACUCUCAUUCAACAGACUGACGAGAAUUAUAGCAAAGUCCUCUUCAAGGAAGCUCUGAAGACAGGAUUCUUUGAGUUACAGGCUGCUAGAGAUAAAUACAGGGAGCUAUGUUCCGAAGGCGGUAUGCACGCGGAGUUAGUGACCCGUUAUAUAGAGACCCAAGCACUUCUGAUGUCUCCCGUAUGUCCUCACGUGGCUGAACACGUCUGGGAGUUGCUUGAACAUAAAACAAGUAUUCUCCACGCUCGAUGGCCCGUAGCGGGUGACAUUGAUAUAGUGGCAAUGAAAGCCAGUAACUAUUUAAUGGAGGCCGCCCAUUCUUUCCGUAUCUACCUCAAGAAUCACUGCGCAGUCCGAAAGCCUAAAAAAGGCGAAGCGCCCAAACCGGAGCGGAAGCCGAAUAAGGCGGUGAUAUGGGUCGCUAAGGAGUACCCGAAGUGGCAACAUAUCAUUUUGAGUACUCUCAAGGAGUUAAAUGGGCCUUCAGGUCUCCCCGAUAACAAAGUAUUAUCAACAAAACUUUCUGCUAUAAACGAUCUUAAAAAAUAUAUGAAAAGAGUGAUGCCAUUCGUUCAAGCCACAAGAGAUAAUCUACAAAAGAUUGGUCCCGAAGCACUCUCUGUUGCCUUGCCCUUUGAUGAGGCCCAACUGCUUGAAGAUAACAAACAAUAUCUGCUGAAUACUUUGGAUCUUGACGCAAUCGAAGUCAAACAUACAUACAGUCCUGAUACUCCAGAAAAAACGAUAGAAGACUGUGCGCCUGGUAGUCCACAUGUCAACUUUAUUGCGGUACCUGGACUUACAGUGACCUUCACCAACCCCACACCGAUGAGUGGAUUGUUUACCAUUUCUGUGACCCUGGUAGAUGGGGAUACGGUUGAGAAGAUUAAAGCCAAGAUCGCUAAAGAGAUUAAGGCUAUUAUUAAAGACAUAAAUGCUCUAAAGCUGUGGCGAUAUCUUGAUCCGGCGUUAGGUCCUCGCAAGAUUCCAGUAGCAGGCGAUCACGUGACAAAAUGCGCGGAACUCGUCAAUGGCGAUGGUAUACGCGUACACGUGGAAGCGUCGCGUAUAGAACUCGUUCAGAACGGAACGAAUAUUGACGUCGGCUUACAGUUUGUGUAUACUUAUGAUAAGUGAUUGUUUUCAGAAAUAUAUUUAUUUAUUUUUA